AUGAUAUCCGAUGAGUAUUGGAUGACCUACCAUGAAAAACUGGCUGAGAGUGAUCUACAUACUCACGCAACAUCAUUCAUUCCAUGGGAUUGGGCUCUGAAUGCUGUUGACAUAGCAAGCGAAUGGGUAGAGCAGCAGUUCACCGUGCAUGUUGCCGGGAGACCUCUUGUUCCUACACCUCUGGAACUCGAUCCUGAAACUGCGCUUGCUUGUGGACACCUAGCCUUUGUGCUGGCGGAAGCAUAUCAACAUCCCAUCAAAUUGGAUAUUGAUAUCAUUAGGUACAACAAGGCCUUGGCCAAACGGGAGUCAGGGUUGAAUGACGCUCGUGAAGAAGCAUUGUUGGCAAAGUUUCCUCCUGCCGAACGCAUGUUCUUAGAUAGCCCAUCGGUGGUGAUUGAUGCCAGUUACUGGAUCAUUCUAUGGUAUCUCCCAGGUGCGUUGAAUUGGUCUCUGCAGUCAGUAUGGGGGACUUGUUGCGAAAAAGCAUCACCACCGGAAAGGCGUCAACCGGAAGGACAAGCAAAUGGCGGACCAACUAUUCCAACUUCCACGCAGCCAUGGAACCUGGUUUGA